GUGUUGGAGCAGAGAAACCUUUAAAACACACCGGAUUGUGGUCCUCCAGGACCAGGACUGACCACCAGAGUCCUUCCUGCAGGGACUGGUGCUCCUGGUUCUGAGCAUCUUUAAGACAAAGCGUCUGAAUCAAAGUGUCAUCUCAGCUGGCACCAGGAGGGGGCGCUGCUGUUCUUACUGCAGUUCAGAGGUUGUCCAUGUGGGGGCAGUGUUGCUGCUCUGCACCACAGUCCUGCAGUUUGAAAGAACUGAAUCAGGAGGAUCAAACAUGAAGGAUUUAACAGUUUCAACAGACGGUGUUAGCAGAACCGAACGGCUGCAGGAGGUUCUGAAACAGUUCUGGACUCAGACUCAGAGUCCAGAUGGUCCACAGGCAGAAGAUCAGGAACAUCUAAACAAGAUCUUUGGUUCUACUGCUGUGUUGAAUCAGAUUCAGAAAACCCAGAGUCCACCACAAAAAGACCAGAAGUUCUUCCAGAAACAGUUUUCAGGGUGUGGAGGGGCAGAGGGCUCAGCUUUCAGGGGUGUGGACAUAAAGGACCAGAGGACCAACCAGAGACCGGUCCUGCAGACUUUAGGUUCCCUCCUCCUGGCCUCAGGAGCCUUUAAAGGCACAGGACCUGAGGAGGUCUAAGGUUCUGGGCUUCUCUGGGRCAGGAAAGACCUGCAGACUGAAUAAAACCCAGACCUGCUGGGUCCUCUGAGACACAGAGUCCAGGAUCAGAUCAUGUCUGCAGCCCUGCUGGACCUGGACCUGGACCUGGAUCUAGACCUGUUUUACAUGAAUAAAAGCCUGGACAUGAACAGGUUGCACUACAACAGUCUCGUCGACCAGAAGGCUGUCAGGUCUCCGGUCUCGGCUCCUGGUCCCGUGUCUUUGUCUCCGGUCUCAGCUCCUGGUCCCGUGUCUUUGUCUCCGGUCUCGGCUCCUGGUCCCGUGUCUUUGUCUCCGGUCUCGGCUCCUGGUCCCGUGUCUUUGUCUCCGGUCUCGGCUCCUGGUCCCGUGUCUUUGUCUCCAGUCUCGGCUCCUGGUCCCGUGUCUUUGUCUCCGGUCUCGGCUCCUGGUCCCGUGUCUUUGUCUGCAGGAGUUUUCCACAGGAAGUGGAGCGGUAAUCUGGAGGCGCUGACCCGCCUCUCUCUGGACUUCUGCUCCACAGAGAACCAUGAUCCAUCCAGCCUCAUGAACAAGGAGAACAGGUUCCAGGACCGGGUCUACAGCGAGACCGGGGACCGGCGAGUCCUGCCCCAGAAGUCUGGGUCUCAGGUGAACUCCACCCGCUACAAGACGGAGCUGUGCCGUCCGUUUGAGGAGAGCGGCUCGUGUAAAUAUGGAGACAAGUGUCAGUUCGCCCACGGCUACCAGGAGCUGCGGACCCUGAGCCGACACCCCAAAUACAAAACUGAACCGUGCCGGACCUUCCACACCAUCGGGUUCUGCCCCUACGGACCCCGCUGUCACUUCAUCCAUAACGCAGAGGAGCGGCGCCCGGCCCCCCUGACUAACGCCAACCUGCAGGGGGUCCAGAAGGUGGAGCAGACCCCCUACAGCCAGAGACCAAAGCUCCGUCACAGCUUCAGCUUCUCCAGCUUCUCCAGACACAGUGGACUGGACUGUCCCCUGUCCCGGACCCCAACACCUCCCAGCUUCUGCAACCAGCUUCUGUCCCCAGGGUCUGAGGUCCUGUCCCCAGGCACUUCCUUGUCCGUCCCCACCCCACUGGCUCGGUGCAACAGCUGCACCAAUCCACCCCCGGUCUUUUACGGGACAUGUCCCCCRUCCCCUCAGACCUACAGGAGACACCUGGAGACACUGCGGGGGCUCAGCAGGUCCCCGGUGUCCGAGCCUCCCCCCAGCCCUCCAGACUCCCUCUCGGACCGGGACAGUUAUGGGUCCUGCAGUUCCUCCGGGAGCCUCAGUGGCUCCGAGUCCCCGAGUCUGGAUCCUGGGAAACGGUUGCCCAUCUUCAGCAGACUGUCCAUUUCUGAGGACUGAUUCUGUUCAAGGACCCCCCAACAGGUCCACCUCCAGACCACCAGACUCAGCACCAGACCCGCUCCCUGUCAGAGGGGUCAACUGACGGCUUCACACCCAAGCUGCAUGGGGUCUCCUGGACCCUGGACCUGGGAUCAAUCUGGACCUGGUCCCUGACCUCAGGACCUCAGACCUGCUCUGGAUCAGAGGGUUCAGCUGGUUGGACUUAAAGGGCUGGUCCAGCUGGUUCUGUAGUGCAGCUGUAAAGAAAUAUCUUACCUGUUGCAGAUGGUUUGGAGAACCGAACCAGGUGAAUCUGACAGGACUGAUGAGCUCACGGCUAGUCAGAUAAAUGUUUGUUUCAAACUGCUUCAUGAACGAGGGGAACUCUAAAGGUUUGGUAAAAAGUUGCAGUUUUGAAAACUGGAAGUGUUUUGAAAUGGUUCUGAUCCACUUUGAAAGUGGUCCUAUUCAGACUAGCCAUUAGCUCAUCAGUUCAACCCAGGAAAAUCUUAAUACGGUCAGUGUUAGAGUCAGUGUUAGAGUCAGUGUUAGAGUCAGUGUCAGUCUUAGUCUUAGUGUCAGUGUUAGGGUUAUAGUGUUAGUCUUUGUGUUAUUGUUCAAACUUUAAUAUUCCACGUUAUGUGGAACCUCAUUUCAAAACAGUGUGAAUAUUCCUUUAAAGUAUUGUGUGUGUGUGUGUGUGUGUGUGUGUGUGUGUGUGUGUGUGUGUGUGUGUGGUGACAU